CACUGGAACUCUCUCUCUUCCUGAUGGUGGAGAAAUUUAUGGAGCAGUUGGAUGCAAUCCAGGCAGCUGUUCUGGAUCAACGUCUGAGGAAGCCAAUGGAGAAGGACAACACCAGCAUCACUUGCUAGAAGGCUUCACGUGCACUGAUCUAACGAAAGCAGAGGUGUUUGUUAAGUGCAUGUAAGUCCUGUACACAUCAACCAUGUGUGUGCCAAGUGAGAAGUCGCCCACAUGCAGCCAAAUCAUCCCCAUCCUGAUGAAGCUGGAGGCACAUUUCAGACAAUCUGAUGAAGACACUGUUUUCACCUCAUCAAUAAAAGGGAAAGUCUGGGGUAGUCUGCAGAACAGAUAUCAGGAUGAAAACCUUCAUAAAUUUCUGAAGGAGGCCACUCUGAUGGACCCACGUUUUAAAGGCAAUCUAGAUGAAGGUGAGGCAGCUGACAUCUGGGACAGGUUGGAGAAGGCAGCAGUUGCAAAUGCCACAGCAGCAGUUGAUCAGCCUCCCAUAGAGGACCCUCAAGCAGACAGGGUGAUGGAUGACGCCGAGAUGAAGAAGCCAGAAGAAUAUCCAAGAAAGGUCCAGAAGUCAGCCUUAGAAAAGCUGUUUGAGGAUGAGGACAGACAACUUAAGGAGGAUGCAGCUUCUCAUACAGCGGGUAGAGUCCCUUCCAUCACAGAGCAGGUACAAAAGGAACUUGCCAUCUACAAAAGACUGCAAAGAAUUCCGUCUGGACAAGACCCUGUGGCCUGGUGGUGGAGUAAGAGGGAUACACUGCCCAACUUAUCUGCCCUAUCCAAUACGUACUUGUGUGUCCCAACACCUUCUGAGCGUGUUUUCUCUUGCGCUGGGCAUGCCAUCAGCCAAAAGCGAUGCCGAAUAUUGCCAAAAAAAGCUAACAUGGUGAUUUAAAAAAAAAAACAUCAAAAUAAAAAAAAAUAAGAGGUUUUUGGAAAACGUGUGUUUUUUACAUUCUUUAAGCACUGGUUCCGGCACCGUUUGAGCACCGGACCGGAUACUCAUAAUAGCAUCCUGAUUUUCCACAAGGCACUUGGUCCCAUCAUGGUGGCUUGUCCACCUGAUCUCCAACAGUCGUUUCAGGGAGGGAACGUCAUAGUUCUGUGAAACAUAAUGACGGUGGAAGAAUGAGUGUAGAGAUCCUGAAAGAUCAAAAGGCUUUUGCACAUGGACGGAACUUGAAUUCAACGAACCAUUUUAACAUUUAAACAACAACCACAACUCUAUGUUUUAGCUCUAUUUUACAAAGCAUGAAUGUAAUUUAACACAGUCGACAGUAUUAUUACUAGUCAAACUGAAAAUACAGACAUCAGCAGGUAUUUAGUUAGGAGUUUAAAUUUUAUGUAAGGAUAUCCAACAACUGCACUGAUUUGAGAAAAAUCCUUAGAAAACCCUAAGCAACAUUUAUUAGGCAGAUUGGAUGUGUUCCAGUUAUAUAUGAAUCUGUUGUUCCAAUGAAAUGUUAAUAUUCCAGAUAUCCAUAAUAAUUCUUACCAUCCACAACGAACACUUCAGAUAUUGGACAAAUGAUGUCAAACUUCCCAUUCAUGUUGUAACGUGAUGUAAGUGGUUACUUUUAAUGAAUGUGAUGUUCCAUAUAAAUAUGAAUUAUCUAUAUAAUAAUGAUAUUUGAUUCAAGGUGAAACCAGGUCUUUUUACUAGUCCAGGGAAAUCACACCUUCAUAAUAAUUUGAAUCGGAGGCAAAAAUAUAGUUUAUAAAAAUCAACUUAAUACUAUAUUUCUGCUACUAAUGAUGACACAGAACAGAUUAUGAUGAAACAGGAUAACUGAGACAAAGAAGGAAAUAAUGGAAUGUAAGCUUAGAUGUUGUGUUAACAACUACGUGUCUUAAGGUGGUUUUCAUGUGUUCUCCUGGAGUGAAACUCUCACCGCAGUUCUUGGUGAAGCAUGUCCAGAUGUCAGAGAUCAGCCAGGUCCUGGAUUUCACGGAAAUGUGUGCAGGUUUAGUAAAUCUAGUGUUAAAUCCAUCUCCUACAUCACUGAGUCAGCGGAGGACAGGUGUGGUCCUGAUCCUGUGGAGGAACUGUCAGUGCAGGCUUUCACAUCACAACUCCACCUCUCCUGGUCCCGACUCCACUGACGGUGACUCUGGUCUUCGGCACAAGCGGGUCAGUUUGAGGCUGUGGAGCAUUCACACUGGAGAAAGUUUGAUGUCACAUUUAAGUCAAAGUGUGAAAACUCACACAAAUAAAUCCAAUUCACUCAAAAAAUCUGAACUGAGCAUCAAC